GUAAAACCCCGUUGUAACCCUCCAAAGAUGAAGCAUAAGCCAAAGGUCGUUCCCCCGAUGGACAUGACCACAACUUACGGAACGGACUUCUCUGAAAAGAAGGGAGAGCGUUUGAAGCCUAUCAAGCCAAAAUCGGACAUCCGUCAGAACAAUAGCUGGACUUCUAAAAAGGCUUGCAAGACGGUCCACCAGCUGACCUUUCUCAAGUAUGAUGAAGAGAGUCUGAAGAAUUGUCGGCCAGCAGCGGUCCGCAAGAAAGACAACAUGGUUUGGCCUAAAAAGCCGUUCAACGCGAUAUCUACGGUCCAGGCUGAUUUUGUUGAACAUUUGGGAGCUGAGCGUCGACAACCCAUUAAGCCUGAUGUGCGGGAGAGGGUUUCGGGCGAUUUUAACGACUCCACUACCUAUAGGCAUGAGUAUACUCCCAAGGAAAACCAUGGAUUUGCUUACGUCCGACCAAGGGACGAAUACAAACCGAAUCCUGAGAAGUUCAGUGCUGUGACAACCGCCAUGGCGGAUUUCAAGGCCCACAAGAAUGUCACGCGGGCACGUAGCUUCAAACCGCCACAGAGCUACGUCAGGUCAUCGACCCCGUUUGACGGGCGCACUGUCAAGUCUAUAGUUCACCGCGCAUGGCCCGCGGUCAAGCCACGGACGCCUGCAUGCAAGCAAGCCAAGUUCGUCCCUCCCACAGUUGGAUUCGCUAAGACCAGCUCUUACAUGGUAAUAUGAGGCGCCAGAGAUAAGAUUCAAUCUCUUUUUUGUUAUGAGGAUAUUACGGUAUUGCAAUACAUUACGCGCGGUUGUACCUCUCCGGCUGGGAUGUUACCUAUGACUGGUACACUGCAAUGACGUUUGCAAUCCAUGUUUUCUUCUCCCGAUACGCCGGUCAGUCAGUGUUGCAGGGUUGUGGUAGGCCGCGAGAACUUAAGCCCAGCUAUGUCUCUAGCUGUAACUGUAAAUCCCUGAGUAAUGAUUGAAAAAUAGCCUGGCUUUGCGGCAUGAUAAGAGGGUGAAUUGCACUAAUCGUUUCACUGAUUCGAGACCUCAUGCCCAAGUUCACUUCAGAUGAAGUUUUUAAAAUUCAAUUUUGCGACCAAAGACACAUAUCUGUGAAAACAUUUGAACCUGAAUCCCGCGUAUUAUCUUAAGGAUGACUACAAGAAAUUCUCGAACUGCCCACGGACGCUUCUCAUCAGGCCUCACAGCGAAGACACCAAAAACCUCCCAGCCAAAAAGGAUGCCUUCCAAGGCGUGUCCACAUAUGCGGAGAACUUCAUCAGCUAUCCUGGAGCAGAGAGAUCCAAAUCGUUCAAGAAGCGCGUCGUCUGGGAGAAACCGAAGCAAAUGUUACUGGGGGAAUCUAUCAUGAAAUCUCACUACACAGGUGAAUGCGCCAGCAGGUCCGAGAUCUGUCGUCCGAAGAUUCGGUCCACAGACAAGGACCGCAAGCCUAUGUCAUUCGAGACAACGUACAGGGUCCAGUACACGGGUGAAAGCAACACACCAUGUCCGGUCGCGGAUAUCAACAAACCCAACUCCCUGGAACACUCCUUCAACAAGAAUGGCCACAUGUUCUACGUCCCUGAGGAGAAGGGCGCCACGAUUUGCGAGUGCUGCGCAGCAGACGACAGUGAAUGCCAGAAGAACGAGACGGGAGCCAACUGUGAGGGGAGCUUCAACUGCGAGGAAUAGUCGGGAAGGAAGCAACUGUGAUAAAUCUUAUUCAGAAGUUUGGUGAUUGUUACACAUUUUACAAGUUUUUAGUAAACUUUGUUUCACCGUUUUAUCUUUACGGUCUACAACAAAUCAAUAUUCACCUUUUAAUAAACU